ACUUACUCCCUCGUGUAGCACCAAGCGGCCAAGAUGAAUGCUCUCAAAUCGUUGGUGAGCAAAAUGCUCGGCAACGCAGCCAAUCCUGAUCUCGUACAACUAUCUGCUGGACAGCUGUAUCAUCUACGGCCAUCUCCUACAAGAACAGAGAGGAUCUGCAUUUACAAGGACGCAGUCGCUACUAUCCGCCGUACGGAUGUCAAAUUUCAGUACCAGUUGGUCGUGGCCCAAGCCUAUGAAGAAGGCGACGAGCAGGAUGACACGGAUGACGCAGAAAUCGACGACGAGAAGAGCUUUCUUGUGGACGUGGCUUUACAAUUUCGCUUUGGCGAGAUUGACGGAGAUUGGAAUUGCACCUGGCGUGAUAUUGAUGGGGAGGAUCAGUUAUGGGAAUUUGUCUCCAGCAAGUCUGUGCCUUUGGCCACGAAUAAGCUAUUCGAAUUGACAAUCCUCAAUUGCGUCUAUGAACGAAAGCAUCAAACCUCCCACGAACUAGCCGCUGAGGAUGAUAUUGCUGCCAUUAGAACAGCCAUGCUCCAAGGAGACGCUCCGAGUGUCGAAGAACACGCGCCCGUCGCGGACCCAUUCAAAGACGUUCCCGUCCUAACAAAAACGCCAGCUGAGCUGUAUCUUUUUGACACAGAAGCGGACCUCUUUGUGGUUCAAGAGAACACAGUGGACGUGGAAAUCGCAGCAAACGCGGAGUUUGACACUUGGAUCAUAGUCCGUCAAAACCUCACCCCAUUCAUUUCUGUGCCAAUUGAUUCAGAGAUGAACCCUCUUUUCGAUAUGGCAAACUACGCUUUCAUGUUCACCUUCCGUGAACAGGAUGGAUUACCACCCAUGACCUGGUGUCUUAAAUUCUCAGCCGACGCCUUCCAACAAUGGAAGGACGAUUUCAUCAUGUAUCUAUGGGAGGGUAAGAAUAAGAUGAGUUACGCAAAAGCCAAAGCGGAUGAACGACGAUAUAUACAAGAAGCAUACGAAGAUGUGGAAAUGGCCGAGCCUGAGGAGGAAGAGGAAGUUCCAGAUGAGGUCGAGGAGGAAGAACCAUCGGAACAGAGCUAUGUGGAGGAUUCCGAUGAAGGUCCAAGUGAUUCCGAGCAGUUUGCAAAGGGUUCAAAGAACGAACAAUUGGCUGUUGGUUAUAAGAAUGAUCUAUCAUUUGUCGCUCGAGGGGAUAUGAUCGGGGUGUUCGCUCAGAAAGAAGAUCGCAUCAAGUUCCGAGCUGCCAUCGAUAGAGUCAAAGAUACACACGGCAAGAGUUUUUCACCAGCAAAGAUGAUGCUUCAUAAUCAAGACAGCGAUAUGUUAUUGCUCGAUCCAGCCAAUUCCGGGUCGGUGUACAGAAUGGAUUUGGAAUAUGGUAAAGUUGUCGACGAAUGGAAAGUUCAUGAUACUGUCCAAGUGAACAACAUUGUACCUCAGUCCAAAUACGCUCAAAUGAAUCCAGAGCAAACUUUCCUUGGAACAUCUCAUAAUGGUCUGUUCCGGAUAGAUCCCCGUGUAUCAGGUAACAAGUUGGUGGAAAGUCAGUUCAAGCAAUACUCCACGAAGAACGACUUUUCCGCAGCGGCCACAACAGAAUCAGGAAGAAUAGCAGUAGCUAGUAAUAAAGGAGAUAUUCGAUUAUUUGACCAACUCGGGAAGAAUGCAAAGACAGCAUUACCAGCACUUGGUGAUCCUAUUUUAGGUGUGGACGUCUCAGCCGAUGGUCGAUGGCUCGUGGCUACUUGCAAAACAUAUCUUCUGCUCAUCGAUACUUUGAUCGGCGAUGGAAGAUAUAAAGGUUCAUUAGGAUUUGAUCGUAGUUUUCCCGCGGAUAGCAAACCUGUUCCACGACGAUUACAACUGAAACCUGAGCAUGUGGCAUAUAUGAACGAUCCUGUAUCUUUUACUCCAGCUAGAUUUAAUACCGGAUUGAACGAAACGGAAAGAACUAUCGUUACUUCCACAGGAAGAUAUGUCGUGACUUGGAAUUUCCGUCGUAUAAAACAAGGAAGAACGGAUGACUAUCAAAUCAAGCAAUACGAUUCGAAAGUCGUCGCGGACAAUUUCAACUUUGGAGCAGAUAGGAAUAUUGUGGUCGCUUUGGAACAUAACGUGUUGCUGGCUAAUAAGAAGGAAUUGAGUAAGCCGACAAGAUCAUCUUUAGCAUCUAGGGCGAUCUCAACGAAACCGGUAAAGUCACGUAACGAUAUUGUUGAUAGUCCAUAUUGAUCAGAUCUGAAUGUUGUUAUGUAUGACUUAUGAUGCCGC